AUGGUUCCUGAGGCUAUUAAAGGAUUGUAUAAAAAAUUUUUUAACACAAGUGACAAUACCAUACAAGAUAAAAGAAAAAAAGAAUAUGGUAAUCUUAAUGAAAUUAGGUUCCAAAGGAGAAUACCUAGUUCCAUAAAAAGAUAUCGUAUAAACAGAAAAUCUUUGAAUAAAUGUAGAGUACCUUUGAAACAGUCUAGAGAUUCUUUAUUGUAUACACUUAACAUAGGCAAUUCUUUGAAUCAUUUUGUUAAAAAUUUAAAAUUCAUCUUUUCUAAUGAUGCAGAAAACAUCACCAAUAUGAGGGUAGCAUGUGAGAAUUUUAGUUUAUUAUCAAAUAAUUCAAAUGCUAUUCAUGAUAGCAGUUAUAUUAAUAGAAAUAAAAUAAUACGAGAAAGAAUUAGACAAAGUAGAUCUUUUAAAAAAAAGUUGGCAGAAAGAGAUUAUGAUCGAAGACAGUUAAAUGCAUUGAAGAGAUCUUUACUGAGGAAAGAGAAAGACCAGUCUUAUUCUUAUGCAAGUUUUAACGACUCUGAAUUAAAUAAUGACAAGAUUCUAUUAUUACAAAGACAAAAUAAAAGACUGAAGAAAGAAUUACUGCAACGAGAAUCUGAACUAAGAAUCCUAAAAAAAGAAUUAAAAUUUCUACAAAAACAUACUAAUUUUAUUAACAGAGAUACAAUACCAAGUAUACCAAAUACAAAUUCUAAUGAUAUUAAUAAAAUGUAUAAAACUAAUCAUAAUAUAGACAAAUACUAUCCUAUUGAUAAUAUUAUAGAAGAAAGAAGUAAAUCAUUUUCUCCGGUUCAAGUCGAUUAUUCACAGUAUUCCAGGUAA